CGUCGUGCCCGCGACUUAGCCGUCAAAAUAACCCACGGGAAAGGCCAAAAAUGGCGUUUCAACGAUAAUAAACCCACCGAGUUGUUCCUCACUGGUUGUCGCAACUUUCAGUCCCCCAUUUUCUCUCUCUCUCUCUCUUUCCUUUUUUUCACGUUAUCACAACAACUCGCGAGAGGACAGAGUGUACGUCCCAUAUUACCGGGAGUGUAUCGAUUUUUAAUCGCUUCUCAGAUCGAUCAAGGGAAGAAAUUCCAACGACUUUCCCCGGUCGAAACGAAACGGGAAAAAUUGGCGCGGGUUAUUUGUUUUGUUUAUGAUUUCAAGGUCUGUGAAUUGCGGGAUUAAGUGAGUGAGCGUUAAAAAUGCAAUCCGUGGAGCAACUGCGACCAGAGGAGCUGGUGGGCCUGGUGGCUCGAUCAGCGGAGGGCACAGCAGCCAAAGGAAUGUCGAUAAAAGGAAAUGAGGAUCUUUGGGUUGAGAUUCAGGCGAACACUUUCAGAAACUGGGUGAAUGAACAUUUGAAGCAUGCUGGCGAUGCCGGCGGUGGGCCUGUGAUUGACCUAGCCGAGGACUUUCGAGAUGGCACUCGGUUGUGCGCCCUUGUAGAAGUCCUGACGAAGCGCAGGCUGCCCAGGUGGAACCCAAGACCUGCUAACCAGCAUCAUCACUUGGAGAAUGUCUCCACAGCGCUCCAGGCUAUUGAGGCUGACGGCGUUAAGCUUGUUAACAUCGGUAACGUUGACAUUGUCAAUGGUAACUUGAAGUUAAUUCUCGGUCUGAUAUGGUCCCUCAUUGUCAGAUACCAAAUUGGUAAAUCCAAGUUUCCACCGAGGAAGCUCAUGCUCGCUUGGCUCAAGGCUGUUCUUCCCGAGUGCAGGGUCAAUAAUUUCACCACCGACUGGAAUUCGGGAGUUUAUCUCAGUGCAUUAUUAGACUAUUGUAGUCCAGGGUUGUUUCCACACUGGAGACAAUUGGACCGCACUGAUAGUGUUUACAACUGUCGAAAAGCGAUGGAGAUAGCAAAACGUGAGUUCGACAUCCCAGUGGUUCUGGAACCCGAGUACCUGGCAUCGCCCUACCUGGAUGAGCUCUCUGGCAUGACAUACCUCUCGUACUUCAUGAAGGAAAGCUCACCAGGCUUCCACGCAACCCUCAGAUGGGUGAACUCCCAACUCACUCAUGCGCCAGUUCGGAACUUCACGACCGACUGGAAUGACGGUCGAGCGCUCUGCAGUAUCGUGAGGAAUCUCGGAGGACCAGCGCCUAUGUAUGACAAAAUAAAUCCAGACCCCUCCAGUUGGGAGGCAAAUAUUCAGCAGGGAAUUGAUGGUGCCAAGAAGCUGGGAGUCGAGCCCAUUCUUAAGGCUAAAGACAUGGCUGAUCAGAAUGUCGAACAUCUGGGUGUUAUGGCGUACGCCGCACAUUUCCAGUGGGUUAAGCCUCGCCCUCAGGCCAGCGAGCAAAUUGCUGUUCACAUUGAAAGCACAUCGGCCAGGGUUCAACAGCCGGCAAUUUUCAGACUAGAAAUGUUAUCCAAAGAAGUGAAUCCCCGUGAGGUCCGUGGUGAGAUAAUAAGCCCCUCAGGAAAAGUUGAGUGUCGUCUCACCUGGAACGGCAUCCACGGAAAAGGCACUUUCGUCCCCACAGAAGUCGGAAUGCACAAGCUGAUGGUGUACAACGACGGUGAGCUCGUCAACGGCUGCCCCUACUACUUCAGAGUUUUACCUCCGUUAACCAAAAUAAAAUCCCCGGGGAUGGACCCAUGCGCCAUUGGUUCCAUCGUCGAGGUUCUAGUCAACAGUUACGGAACUAGUCAUGACGGCAUUGACGUUACCGCCUGGUCUCCAACAGGGCGCUCUUUGCCAUGCCCUGUCAAAGAAAACAGUGGAGUUCACACUGCGACAUUUCAACCUGACGAAACAGGCGAGUGGAGCAUUGCAAUAACGCAUAAGGGUACUCAUAUACAAGGAGGUCCCUUUACCUGCUUCGUCUUCGAUCCAAAUGGGAUUAAACUUUUGGACACUGAGGGGGCAAUGCCAGGUCAACCCUUUUCAUUUAUCGUCGAUGCCACUGGCACUGGAGGCCUCGGAGACGUGAACAUCGAUAUUGUUCACGAUAAACAAUCAGUUCCAUUCAGGAUGGAAGACAUCGGACAUAUGAGAUACAGAGUUUCCCUGCACCCCCGAGAUGCCGGCAAAUACCGAGUCUACCUCUACUUCAACGGAUCCGACGUUCGCGGCUCUCCCAUCUCCAUUCGUGUGGGCACCCACAAGAGCAGACGAUCGAGAGAUACUUCGAAGCUUGAAACCUCGAAAUCCUCUCUCGAAAAACGCAUGAACGGUCUGAAUGUCACAGAUUCUCCAUCCCAAAAGAGCCAAUCUCCAGUGUACAAAAGCAACGCCCAGUCUCACCGAACCCCAGAGAGUCCAACCCACAACUACCGAGACUACUCUCACCACCAAUCGUAUAAGGCCUCCAACUCCAACUACUCAACAGAAAACUCUUCGGCUUAUCACGUUCCAAGCCCUCUGAACAAUUCACGAUCCCCGUUACCCCCAGCCCAGACUUCAAGCCCUUCACUGAUCAAAGAAUCCAGAGAAAUCUACUCCUCGUCCUUCAGCCGAUCUAGAUCCCCCAAAGCUCAGAGUCCAAGUUUAAUAAAAGAGUCUAAGGAUAUUUACGCGUCCAGCGCAUUGAACCGAUCGCGAUCACCGACCACGGCAUCCAAUACCACUAGAGACGCUCAAAGCUCAACGGUUAUCAAGGAAUCUAAGGACAUCUAUCAGUCCUCCUCAUUACAUCGUUCGCGGUCGCCUGUUACGACCCCGUUGGGAUUUAGGCCUUCCAAUGGAAGCCCCAUAAACCGAAGUUUUAGUCCUCGAGUCAACAAUGAGAAGGACUUUGGGAGGAGAAGAGGAUCAGCUGAUAACGGAGUUAUUGAUACUAGCAGCAAUGUGAGGGUGUCGUCCAGUGGAGGACCCAGGAGAGACUCCUGGGACGCCAUUGCAAAAACUCGAGCCAUGCUGAGUUAUGGAAGUCUCGAGUCAUUGGCUAAUCUUGCAAAUUCUUCGUCAGUCGAGAAUAGUACAAAGGUUAAUGGUAAUUACCGAAAUGAUAGAAGUGAGUACAAUAAUUAUGCGAUUAAUCAUGUCAGUCAUACGGAGAAUUCGACGAACUACUCGACCCAGCGGUUUACGAGCGCUGAUUAUGGGAGCUCGAUGAAGUUUAAUGGCGAAAAUGGAAAUGGAAGAGGAUACACCCAUGGAAUUCUGAAGAAUAAGAAUAAUAAUUACUAUAAGACUGGGGACAAGAGUGUGGAUGGGAUUGAUGGGGCUAAUGAGAGGUUCAGCAAUGGAGCGAAUUUUGUGGUGAACCAGGAGAGGAGGAAGGGAAGUUCUUUGGUAACUGGAGCUGGUUUGGAGGUUUUGCCGGUGCAUAAACCAACGAGUUUCACGGUGGAUCCUAGUGUAGAUGCUGGAAAAACAACUGUAACCGUUACUGGUCCCAAUGGAAAACAAGUUCCAUAUCAAAAAUCAACGUUAAGAGGCCAAAUGUACACAGUAACAGCUGAUGAAGUUGGAGAACACAUAAUUCAGAUUAUGGUGAAUGGACAACACAUUAAGGGCUCUCCAUUCAGGUCCCAAGCGUAUGAUGCAAAGGCUAUUCAGGUGGACAAUAUUCCUGAUGGAGUGGUGAAUCAACCGGUCGAAUUUGAAAUCGAUGGCUCAAGAGCUGGCUCCGGAAACUUAGAAAUUCUUGUAAAUGGCGGUCAUGUGACGAGUUUUGUACGUGCACUCGGUAGUCAGAGAUUUCUGGCAUCGUUUGUGCCACAUGAGGCUGUAACUCAUCUCGUGGAGAUGACUUUCAAUGGCGAAACUGUCCCCGGCUCACCUUGGCGAGUGGGAAUCAUGCCUAGUCCGAAGAUGUCAGUCCUCGGGGACUCGGUCAGGCUGGUACCCGCUGGCAGUCCCGCGCUAUUCGAACUCUCCGCCCUCGGCUUCACAAGCAAAGAGAUUGACGUGCAGAUAAUAACGCCUUCUAAACGACAGACACCUGCGCGUAUCGAUGAGGAGCCAGGGCGCCCUGGAGAGUUCCGGGUUGAGUUUACACCGAGUGAAGUUGGUAGUCAUCUCGUGGAGGUGAGGAUAGCGGGACAAAAGCUACCGGCUGGACCACUCAUCGCCAAAGUUUAUAACAGCAGCCUCAUUCAAGUUACUGAUGUGCCGAGUGCCGUUGUUGGUCAUGCCUGUCAGUUUAGAGUUGACGCAAGUGCCGCGGGUGAAGGCCAAUUAGAGAUAUCGAUAAACGAGGGCGAGGUGCCAAAUCACGUGCAGGUGGUUGGUGGAGGUCGGUGCCUCGUUUCAUUCACCCCUGACAUUGCUAAGCCCCACUUGAUUGACAUCAAGUUCAAUGGUGAAGCAGUUCCUGGUUGUCCCUUCGUCUGCAAUGUAUCAGACACAAGCAGAGUAAUUCUCAGUUUAAAUCAUUUGGAGCUCAUUCCUGUUGAUCAACCCGCUAGUUUUCACAUGGCUGUUGAUGGAAGUGGGAGUGCAGAAUUAGCGGUCUCCGUCAGGGGGCCUACGACAGAAUUACCUGUGAAAGUGACUGGAAAUAUUCACAGUGGAUUUACAGCGGAAUUUACUCCUCGUGACGUUGGAGUACAUUCAAUAAGCGUUGAGUACAAUGGACACCCCGUUAAUGGUACGCCAUUCCUAGCGAAGGCAUUCAAUGCUGAUAAAGUGUUGAUUGGACCAGUUGCAAGGGGUAACGUUGGUCAGCCAACUCAUUUCACUGUGGAUGCAAGUCAAGCAGGCGAAGGAAACCUCGAAAUAACGAUAUCAGCUCGUGGUCAAAACAUUCCCACCCAGGUAACACCUCAGGGUAACGCUCGGUUCUCCGUAAGCUUCGUCCCCUUCGAAGCUUGCGAGCAUGUAAUAAACAUAGCUUUCAAUAAACGAACCGUCCCUGGAUGUCCCAUAAUAACCCGAGUGGGUGGUGACAGCCAUGUAACUGUCAGUGGACAGGCACUGAGCAGUGCAGCACUCGGUCGUCAGAGUCACUUGACCGUCAGUAAUGUUUCCGGUAGCUUGGAAGACUUAGAAGUUAACGUUGAAGGACCCAAUGGACAGGCUGUACCAGCACAGGUCACUGACAACAAAGAUACUACCUGCAGUGUUGCAUUUACACCAAGAGUUGUGGGUGAGCAUAGAAUAUCAGUGAGCCAUCGUAAUGUACCGGUUGUUGGAAGCCCAUUCAGCUGUAAAGUUUAUGAUGUUACGGCUAUCAAAGUUAAAGACGCACAACGGGGUGUUGUCGGAUUGCCAGUUACAUUCUUAGUUGAAACGAGUCAAGCAGGGCCCGGAAAUCUUGAGGUGACUGUCAACGGUGGAAGAGUUCCAACGUCAGCCCAAGCGCAGGGUCCUCACACCUAUGCCAUCUCUUUUACGCCGAGGGAGCCUGUGGUCCACACUGUGGAUCUCAGAUUCAACGCAGAAGAUGUCCCAGGAAGUCCAUUCAGCUGUCAAGUGAGUGACACAGCCAAGGUGCUGAUCACCGAGGGCCUGGAGAAAGUCUCGGUGAAUCGUUUAGCAACGUUCAACAUCGAAGCGGACGCAUCCCUGGGUAGUCCAACAGUGGAGGUGCUCUCGCCCACUCGGGAAAGUAUACCGGUGCAAAUAAAACAGGGCAUUCACGGUUCAUACACAGCAGGAUUUACGCCGAAGGAUGUUGGUGAUCAUAGUGUUGAAGUUAAAUUGAGUGGAUCACACAUUGAGGGGAGCCCGUUUCUCGUCAAGGCAUAUAAUGCGGAUAAAGUUAAAGUUACGGACAUCAAUAGUGGAGUUGUUGGAAAGCCAGUAUUCUUCAGUAUUAACGCCAGUCAGGCGGGAGCAGGGAACCUCGAGAUAAUAGUUGCUGUAAAUGGCAAGAACGUCCCAAAUUACGUCCAAAGCGAGGGUAAUGCAAAGUUCCGCGUGAACUUUAAACCCCAAGAAGCCGCCGUCCAUAGUCUAAGUGUUCGUUUCAACGGCGAGCCAGUGCCAGGUUCCCCCUUCAAUUGCAAAGUCGUGGGGGCAGGCCAAGCAGUGAUAACAGGCAGUAAUCUGAAGAUGGGAGCAGUGAAACAGCAAAUCUCCUUCACAGUAGAUCCACAAGCCUCGGCCCUCAAUUGCGAUGUCAUCGUGACUCCCCCGUCCGGAAUAGCUCUUCCAAUAACAAUUGAGCCCAUUGAAGGUCGCUACAAUAUCAGCUUCACACCAACAGAAGUUGGUCGGCACAACGUCAGCGUCUUUGUGGAUGGGGAGCCAAUAAAAAAUUCCCCAUUUGCCUGCAACAUCUACGACGUUACGAAGGUGCACGUGUCUGGCUUGACAGAGGCUAGACUGGGCCAGGCAACGACCUUCACAGUGGAUGCUGCAGAGGCUGGUGAGGGUACUCUCGAGCUCGUCGUCAGCACAAACAAUAAUACAGUGAAGGCAGAGGUGGUGGCGUGUGCUCGAGGCCUCUACGAUGUCACCUUUGUCCCCCAAACAACAAGCACACACUACGUAAACAUCAGCUUCAAUGAUGACAAUGUACCUGGGAGUCCCUUCAAAUGUCCAGUGGUAGGUGGAGGAUUAGAUGGGCCAUCUGUCAUCAGAGUUGGCAGCACUGCCUACAUGGACCUCGAUAUGCCAAGACUGGAGGGUCCAGUGUCUGCUGAAGUUACUGGGCCUGAUGGCAUCAUUAUUCCCUGCACAUUGACUAAAUUAUCAUCAACUUUGUACAGAGUGGAAGUUAGAACGAGACAAGUGGGGAUUUACAAUGUUAUCUUCAGUGAUGGACACAAGAUCAUCAGCUCUCAGUCGCUUCAGGCGUUUGAUCCAACUAAAGUAAACAUUAAGGAAAUUUCGGAUGCUAUUUGCCAUCGACCUGGUACGAUUGUCGUGGUGGCCUCGAAGGAGGCAGGACCAGGGAAAAUCACAGCGUCUGUUAGGGCCGGUGGAGUCGAUGUGGAUAAUGUUGUGAGGGAGAGUGAGAGUGGAGUUUACGAGGUCAUUUUUCAUCCGACCAAGGCUGCUCCCCAUAGGGUUCAUAUCAAGUACAAUGAUGUGCAUAUUCAGGGGAGUCCUCUGGAGGUGGCAGUCAGGGGGCCCACGGGGGGGAGGGAGGUAACUGCCAUUGGGCUUGGAUUGUAUCAGUCCUGCAUUGGGAAAAUUACGUCGUUCACGAUUGAAACGUUAGGGAGACCUGGCAAGGAAUUUGAUGUGGUGAUCAGUGGACCUCAGGGAAAUGCUGUGCCUGUACGGUGCUAUCAGCAUCGAGAUGGAAAUUUACUGGCUGAGUUCACUACGAAUUCCAUUGGUACCUACAACAUUGAUGUUCUCCAAGGUGCAAAACCAAUCUUGGGUUCUCCAUUCUUCUGUCAAGCAUUCGAUCCAAAUAAGGUGAAAUUGCAGGAAUUGGGACCCACCACAGUAUCCGUGCACGACCGUAUUGCCUUCAAGUUGAUUAAAAAUGAUGCUGGAGUGGCGGAUUUGGAUGUAACUGCUACUAGUCCCUUGGGACAAGAACUUCCUCUUCAGGUAACUCCAUUGAACGACGGAGCUGAGAUGAUUGAAUUUUCACCGAGCGUUCCGGGAUCCUACAUGAUUAAUGUAACGUAUGGAGGUACACCGAUCCAAGGCACCCCAUUGGUAUGCACUGUGGAGUCCGCGGGUCAGGCUCGCGCAAAGGGUGAAGGCUUGUUGAGUGGACACGUGGGCAAACCGGCUCACUUCAUCGUGACGGGAACUCGGAGUCCCCCAGCAGUGCAGGUUGACGGUCCGGACAGUGUAUCAAAGCCGUCAAUCGAGGCGGGAGCAAACCCAGGCACCUGGAACAUCUCGUACACCCCCACAGAAGUGGGUGUAUUCGACGUUCGAGUGGUGUGCGCAGGCCAGCAGUUGCCAGGAUCCCCCUGGCACCCGAAGAUCAUCGACACAAGGAACCUCCGAGUCAUCGGAGGUUGGGCAGCAAUAUGCGACGACGUCGGUCGUCUCAAACUGUCACCAAAUAGCAAAAUAAGCUUCGACACAGCCGAGGCUGGACCUGGAGAGCUGACAGGCACCAUUGACGAUCACCUCAUCACCUUCGAGAUGACAUCCAAUAACAGAUUGAAGUUGAUUCCCCCUCAGUUGAACGGCGGAGAGCAUCACAUGGAGAUUUUAUUUAACGGCAUUCCAUUUCCAGGAGCUCCUAAAUUAGCAGUGGUCCAGGAGCUUGAACCUCCUGUGCAGGACACCAGUAGAGUCAUGCUCAGAGGGAGAGGACUGACAUCAGCCAAAGUUGGUGAGGAAGUUAGUUUCACCAUUGAUGGCUCCCAAGCGGGAAAUGGAACACCAAAAGUUCAGCUUUUCUCACCGACGAAUGAAGUUAAUGUGCUGCUGCAGCAUCUGGGAGACAGUGUUUAUCGUGCCAGUUAUAUUCCCCUCACUUCCGAAUCACUUUUAAUGACUGUUUCAUGGAAUGGAAGACAAUUGAAAGGAUGCCCUCUGCAGAUCAAUGUUACGAGCGCUGCUGAUGCUUCCAGAGUUAUUUGUUCGGGUGAUGGACUCAAGAAUGGAAUUGUUGGGCAGGAAAUUAGAAGUUUCAUUGACACGAGGAGAGCUGGGCCAGGGGAGCUCACUGCUCACUGCGUGGGGCCACACAAAGUUGCGUACUGCGAGCUUUACGAUCAUGGCGAUGCGACUUUCACUCUAAAUGUUAAACCACAGGAGGCUGGGAGACACGCACUAACGAUCAAGUAUGCUGGCGAACACGUGCCUGGUUCACCCUUCACUCUUAGGGUUUCUGGAGCUCCAGACGCCUCUAAAGUCCGAGUUUAUGGACCUGGAAUUGAACACGGGGUCCUAGCCACAUUUCAAUCCAGAUUCAUCUGCGAUACAAGAGGGGCAGGUGCAGGGCAAUUAACCGUACGGGUCAGAGGGCCGAAAGGUGCCUUCCGAGUGGAGAUGCAGAGAGAAACCCAGAAGGACAGGAUAAUCCUCUGUCGUUACGAUCCAACAGAGCCUGGAGACUAUAGGGUUGAAGUUCGUUGGGCUGGAGUCCUCGUCCCUGGCUCCCCUUUCCCAGUUAGAAUCGUCGAUACGCAGGACGAACUAUUGGUACUUACCCAGACUGCUGAUACUUAUUCGACGGGCCAUCAUACAUUAACUUCCUGGCGGGGAUCUCAAGCAAUUCUCUAACAUUCCCAUGUUAACCCCUUUGUUAUCAAUGUUUUUUUCUCACAAACUAAUAAUAAAUAUUAUAUAAUAUA